AGCUCAUGAGCUUAAAGGUAAUAAGCUGCUUAGCGUUUAGAAUAGCAACAAUAAGAAGUGGAGCAGUCUGAGACGGGAGACGUGUGCAGGGCAGCGUGGAAAACAACAGCGGCUCAGAGCUGACCCUCCACUCUUCACCACUCAACACUGUUGGAUUUCAGAAUGAGCAAAAGGGGGAGGAGGCGGAACAGCAAGCGGAGGAAGAGCUCCAGCAGCAGCAAACAGAGUCCCUCACCUUCCAUCUUUCAAAAGCAGAUCAAAAGUGACAGUGUCAGCUACAGGGACGAUAAUGUGGAGAAGGGAGAAAAAGACUCUCUACGAAAGGAGAACGUCUUCUUAAGAUCUGAUGAUAAAGAAUCAUACAUCAAUGCUCCACCACAGGAAAAGAGAUAUAAACUGGAACACGAUGUGACCUCAUUUCCAGGCCAUGGGAGUGUUUUCACAAAAACUACAGAGGUUUCAGAGAGGGGAGUGAAGAUUGUAACAUCCGUGUGUGUAAAUGACGUUGAGGAUUCUGCACCCAAGAUCAUGUUUCAGCGCUCACAGGAGCCCUCAUCAGAAAAUCCAGCCAUCUCAACACAAAUUACAAAUAUUUUCCAAGUAAACUGCACUGGAUUGCAUGUAAAAGUUGAAAUUCAGGAGGCUGUUCAACGGAAAACGUACGAUGAGGAGAGCACAUGUGUGGUCAGCAAUGAAAGCAGGAGCAACACUGAGAUGAACAUUAAGCGAAAAUGUGAAAGCAUAUGGAUGAUGGACAAUGAGCCUUCACAGCCCUCGUUACCAAAUGUCACCGGUCACACACAAAAUCAAAUGACUAAUUCCAUUUUUACUUUUGGGCGCACAAGUGAACAAUCAGAUUAUCAAAAUCAUUCCAAAUCUGUCUGCUCAACCAACAUAUGGGCCAACCCCAUUUACUGCCAGUGUUGCGGUGGUCCAAACGACUUAAAGUUAACUAAUUAUUCACCAAGCUCCCCAUUAAUGAUGAACAGAAAACUUCAAGCGAAGAGGGAAGACGGCUUUAUGGGGGAUGACUUUUGGGACAUUCCACCACCUCAAGAGUUUGCAGAUAAUAGAUACAACCCUAUGGAGGACCUCACACAUGACCUGGCUUUCCUACAGAUUGGUGGUCAAAGUCCUGCUUACACAGAGGAAAGCUCAUUUCAACCAGCCUUCACAGCUGAAUCCAGGUGUACAUUUUAUUUCCAGGGAGAGGAAGGGGAAGAUGUGGCACCUUGUUUGGAUCAGUUAUCGGAAUCCGAUAACUAUGAGCCCAUGUUCAUGAGACCAUCACUGUCCACCAACAGGUCCAGCUUCACAAAAGACUUCAUUUACUGUCAGAGGAGAAAAUCCUGGAUAAGAAAUAACAGUAUUGCUGCUGUAGAGCACAGAAUAUGUUCCUCACUCAAGAAGAGACGGCAAACAUUUCCUGGGAUGUCACAAAGAGCAGGAUGGAUGCAAGAUGAUUUCCAGCUGCCUUAUCAUGAAUCUUAUACCUCUUCAAUCACGUGUCUGCUUCCUUUCCAAACUGAGAGACUGAAGAGGAUUAAAAGGUUAGAUGAGGAGUUGUCUCCAUUUGGAACAGGAAAUGACAUUUCUUCAAAAGCUCAGGAGUGUCAGACACCCGUCUCAGUGGUCCUGAACACCAAUGCAGAGAAACAGGAAUUGCUCCAUCCGUUUUAUACGAGCAGCUGGAAGGAUCAUUCCAACGAACAUGAUCCAAGACAAAGCAGCAAUGACUGCCACGAUACUGAUUUGAAACACAACAUUUGUAAGAGCAUACAAAGAUUUGAGACUGAAACUUGUGAAUAUAAAGUUGAUCAAAAUGACCCUAUAGACAGUAGUUUUGAUCAGGAAUUUGCAGAUGUGGAAUAUUUCAGCUCAGAAACUUUGGCGGAGGAGAGACUUGUCAGAGGACUCUCUAUACAAGUCAUCCCUCCAUCCUGCAGUGGUUCAGAGGAACAGAUUCUACAGAGUCAGCCACUGAAGUUAGUCCAGAACAACUUCAACUCAAGUCAGUGUGAAUCAGAGUCUGCUUUCCAUGAGCAGAACUCAUCUAACAGAAUAGAGGCUACUGAUGCACUCCGGGAAAAGCUCCCUCAGAGGAACUCAGCAUCAUCAUGCAUGCAUCCUGUGCAGGACACAGAUGGGCAUUCAUUCCCCAGAAAUGAGGGUACAGAUGAGGCUGAACUUAAACCAGCUGAAACAACAGCUUCCAGUUGCACUCAGCAGCCGAUCACUGCUGACAAAAAUGAUCUGCCAUUAGCCAAAGGAGGGAGUGGGACGGAAUGUUCUACCAGACCUACAGAGACUGCACAACAUCCAGACAGCACCAAAGAGCUGCACGUUAAAGCGGACAAGCCAAACAUGUACAAAUCUUCCAAAGAGACCAAAGAACAUCUCAAACCCGUGGCUCACAAAGACUGGGAUGGCAGUGGCUCAGACCACUGGGCCAAGAGGAGAAAUAUCUUCAAGGAGAGCAGGCAGUGGAGCUCUGCUGGGGGGAGCUCCAUUACUAGCGACAUUACAGAGGAAUCAGUAUCAGAGGACACUCACUCUACAGACAUCAUAGUUCCAGACAAUGAAGACAGGGGGUUUUAUACAGAGACAUUCCAUUCCUCAGCAUGGAUUUAUCAGGGGGAUGAUGAGAGCUCAGGGUCCAUUCAUCCCAGCCUGACAACCAGAGCCCGUCCUAUCUCAAUACGAGAGAGAACUGUCAAGAUCAGCAAAGGAACAGGAGAGUAUCCUUGGGGCUUUCGGAUACAGUUUUCUAAACCCAUUGUUGUUACAGAGGUCGACACAAAUGGAGCUGCUGAGGAGGCAGGCCUGAUGGUGGGAGACUACGUCCUAGCUGUUAAUGGAAUUGAUGUCACUAGCAUUCCUCAUUCUGAGGCUGCUAAUUUAGCAAGGCAAGGUCCAGACGUUUUAACCUUGACCAUUGGCUCAGACAUUGCUCAUGGUCCAAAUACACCUCGGCCGCCAUGUCGUGGUUACCUACAUAAGCGUACCCAGUCUGGUCUGAUAAAAGGCUGGAGGAAGAGGUGGUUUGUACUCACACAUGACUGCUGCCUUUACUAUUACAAACACAAACGGGAUGAAGGAAAGAGGCGUGCACUGUCAUCUGUAAAGCUGGAGGGGGCCGAGGUGGGUCCAGAUAAUUCCCUGGGCAAACCGUUUGUGUUCAGGUGCCACCCUCAGUUUGGGAAUCGGGUGUACCUUCUCUGUGCUACUUCAAACCAAGAAAUGAAAAGGUGGCUGGAAGCUAUGAAAAAAGCCAUAUACCCCAUCACACAGAACCAUGUCUGGGUGGAUGUUACGAGACACAACUCCAAUCUGCCCCCACUUGCUGUAAAAAACCCAGAUUGUCUUGGACUGCUUCAUAAAAUGGACAAAAGCAAGGACAUGUGGGUCCAGCACUACUGCAUUCUGAAGGAUGGAUGUCUCUACCUGUACAGUGGGAUUCGGGCUACUCAUGCACAAGGUGGGAUGUACCUUCAGGGCUACACGGUGCGAGAGCAGCCCUACGGGUCCAAGAAGUCCACCAUGGAGCUGAAACCUCCAUCUGACGAGUUUCAAACUUUCUACCUUUGGGCUGAAAAUUCAGCAGAAAACAAUCGAUGGAUGAUUGCUAUCAAAGCUUCGGUGAAGAAGUGGCUGCCUCUACAUCAGGCCCUUCAGGACUAUGUGAACCAGCUCCCCGAAGAGACCAGGAUGUGACACAUUUACUAUAUGCACUCCCUGACCUAUGGUCAAUAUCCCUGUGGACCACUGAGGACUCAAAUAAUGAUUGUUUUAUUUUCCUAUUGCCACUGGAAGGACCAUGCCAAUGCUGCUGUUUUUAAGAUUUACUUCAUUUUACUUAAUAAAA